AUGUCGACAAUUAUGUCUGAAAAUGUACAUGAACGUUGCUCAGAGUUGCCUAAUUCUGAAACUCGUGCUUUAUUUUCUUGCAAAAUUUGUUUUGAGCCUUAUUCAAAAUGUCUUCGAUGUCCCAUUUCAUUAAACUGUGGUCACACGUUUUGUCUAGUUUGCAUCCGGAAGUUGGGUAUGAACAAAAGUACUAUUCAAUGUGGGAUAUGUCGCAAGAACACUUAUGCCAAUUAUAAACGACUUGGGAAGAAUAUUGUUCUGACGGGUAAUUUUCUUUUAUAA